GGCGGGAUGCGAUGAGAUGAGAUGAGAUCUGUUGGUGAGUGCAUGAAUGCAGCGAGAGAUCUCAUCGGCGGACGCAUCAACAAUGUCCUUCGGCGAACUCAAGCAGCGGCAUCAUCGUCCCUGCACUGCCCCUCACUGUCAGCCAUCACCGGCACUCGUGCACUCACGACGCUGACUCCCAAGGCCGCCCUGCACGGCACUGAGCCGGAUGACUCAUCAUCAUCAUCCCAGCAGUCUGCGGCCUCUCCCUUCCCGGCCACCCUCAAGGACGGCGAGUAUCCGGUUCUCCCCGCCCCGCCCAUCCCGCCACACAUCCCCCGGCCAUACUUCGCUCUCACCCACGACGGCAAGCCGCAGACGCCCUUCCCCCCAUUCGACCCCAACGGCGAGGUCAAGACAGCCAGGCAGAUCGACGGCAUGAAGAAGGCGGCUCGUCUGGCCGCCAGGGCUUUGCGGGUGGCUCUGGAGGAGAGCAGGAUGGGCGUGACGACCGACGAGGUCGACCGGAGGGUGCAUGAGUUUCUGGUUCAGAACGGGGCGUAUCCGUCCGGUGUGGGCUUCCACGGCUUCCCGCGGGCGUGUUGCGUGAGUCCGAACGAGGUUGCGGCGCAUGGGAUCCCCAACCUGCGGCCGCUGCAGGAGGGGGACAUCGUCAACUAUGACAUCACCUGCUACCUCGAGGGAUUCUACGGUCAGUCAGUCAGUCAGUCAGUCAGUAUCUCAAUUAGAAGGGAGGGAGGGAGGGAGGAGGGGAGCUGAUUGAUUGAUUAAUUGAUUGACUGACAAGUCAAGUGUGUGGUUGAUCUGAUCUGUCUGUGCCAUCCAUCCAUAUCAUGUAUCUAUCUGUCAGGUGACACAUCUGCCAUGGCGCUGGUCGGCAAUGUGAGCGGGAGGCAUCGAGAGCUCUCAGACACAACCAAGGUGAGUGAGUGGCCAAGCAGCACGACAGACACGGGACAGACCGAACACAUGGAGCACCUUUCCCUGAUCAUCGUGUGGAUUGGAUGCGGUGCGGUUCGCAGGAGUGUCUGGAGCGUGCCAUAUCGAUGCUGAAGCCGGGGGUGCCGCUGCGGGCCAUCGGCGAAGCUAUCAAAUCCCAUGCUGAGGCGAAAGGCUUCUCUGUCAAUGCCGACUUCCAUGGUAGGGUAGGCAGUGCACUGCACACGACCUGACACACAGAAAACGGAGCACUUUUGCCAUUAAUACGCCUCUAGAGCUGCGUGUGUGUGUCUGCUGGCUGUGUUUCAUAUAUAGGCCACUUCAUUGGUGAGGAGAUGCACUUGCCGCCCGUCGUCUCGCCCCUACGUAACCAACCGGCACACAUGACCUGCACACGGGGCCGCUGCCCGCUAUUCUUUUGUAUGGACGCCUGCACUCGUGCGUGCGUGUGUGUGUGUGUGUGGUUAGCUCCAUCACGAGGCGGCGAUAUCCCUCUGCGCAAAGGCCAGAUAUUCACUAUCGGUAGAGACCAGACGACGGACGAUGAAUGGAUGGAUGAGUGUGUCGACGUGUGUGUGUGUGUGAUGCAUGUCUGUCUGUCUGUCUGUGUGCUGUCGUCAGAGCCGAUAUUGACGGAGGGUUCGCCUUACCUGCGCACCUGGUCUGACGGCUGGACGUGCGUCACACGAGACAACGGCUUCACCGCACAGUGGGUACGUGUGCGGGGGGCGGGCAGACAGGCAGGCAGGCGAUCGCGUGUGUGUUUGUUGGAUGGUCCUGGCAGGAGCACACGGUGCUGAUCACUGCUGACGGAGCGGAGAUUCUGACUGUGGUGGACUGACUGACUGACCAAGUUAAGUGAAGUGGGUGUAGUUGUGUGUGUGUAUGUCUGCUGCUGAUUGUACUGACUGACUGUGCAUAUGGAUAUGAUGACUGACUGGUUCGAUGCAUGUACCUGGCCAUGAUUGAAUGGUUCAUUCAGCC